AUGGAUGAUAAAAAGAAAGAAGAAACAGAUCCACGAUUGGAUUUCAUCAGUACUUACAUAUUAAAAACAUUUCGAUUAAAAAUUGACAAAUGGCAAAAGUUAAUGUCAUCUGAUGACAAGACAAUAGUUUAUGAUUGGUUGAGCGAUCCAAAAGCUGAAAGAUUGUGCUUUACGUUGGGAUCUUCUGGAGGUUUGGCGGUUUUCAACAACUUUCCUACAUCGUCAAAGUCAAAAAUUUCUUACUUUAUUCGGAAAUCAGCAGUGAUGUUAACACCUGAGAACAUCAGAAAGGAAUUAAUUUUUGGUGACAUGUCACCUCGUCCUAUGCACGAUCUUUCGAUUAUGCUUGAUGAAGUUUAUUAUCCAAUUCUAAAUAAUCCAGAAAAUCAGGAAGGUUGGCCUGACGCAAUAAAAAAGGAUGUUGAUCUUCACAUUCAGGAUCUGCGUAACGUCAUAGCUGAGGUUAAAGGAAACAUCAACAAUCAAACUUUGCUUCCAAUGCCGAUAACAAUCGCCAAAGUUUUCGAUGUGGAAAAUGAAUUGUCGAUGGGUAACAUGGAUGCAUGCGAUAUUAAAAUGAAGAACUCAUUGGAAGGAAUUGUCAUCAAAUGGGCGUUUCAAGUCGAUAAAGUGCUGAAAGAAACAUCUUCGAGUCUUUUCGAUAAAAACAAUCAUCCAACACCAAUGGCUGAGAUCGAUUUCUGGGAGAAACGACGAAAGAAUAUUAUGAACAUUUAUGAUCAAUUACGAGACCCAAGAGUGAAGAAAAUUGGAAGCAUUUUGGAACUUAUUGAUUCAGUUUACUUCAGUACAUUCAGCAACACUUUAAAAAGCAUUGUCACAUCACUUCAUGAAGCCAACGACAUCACGUUAUACUUGAAACCUUUGAUAAAAAUUUAUGAAAUCAAAACGAAAAUUAUUUUCCCACAGAAAGCGCAUAUCGAUCGGAUUGAGCGAGACGAUUUUCUUGAAAAUGAAGAUAAAAUUCGCCCACUUUAUCAUGUGAUUUGUCUAAUUUGGUCACAUUCAAAGUACUACGGAUUGAACAGUCGAAUAACGACACUUCUUCGAAUGGUCAACAACAUGAUGAUAGAAAGUGCAACGAAGUCACUUGAUCCAGGAUCUCUUUUUCAAGGAGAGCCCGAUGAAUCGUUAGUGACAUUAGAAAAAGUGAUUUUUAUCUUGGAAGGGCAUAAAGAUUGCUUCAAGGAAUAUCGUGACAAGUUACCGACAUAUGCACGUCCUGACAAAGAUGCAAUUUUAUGGUCAUUUCGGCCUAAAGAUAUUUUUGAAAGAUUCGAUUUAUUCCUGGAACGUCUUUACGUCGUUCGUGACAUUUUUGACACUGCAAAUGAAUUUAGCAAAGUUGAGAAAAUUGAACUUGGAGGGUUGAAAGGUCGUAAUUUGAGUCGCGGAAUGCAAGAAGCUUUCAAUGAUUUCAAAAAUCUUUACAUGAAAUGGACUCAAGUUCAAUUUGAUCCACUCGACCCAUCGCCACACUUGAAAGAUUUCGAGAAUGAAAGAAAAAGUUUUCAAGUAGAAUCGGAGAUUUUAGAACGAAGAUUAGCAGCAAUUCUCGUGCAAUCAUUCGACGAAUGUUACACAAUGGAAUCGCUUAUCAAGUUAAUUGAAGUAUGUGGAACUCUCUUACAAAGGCCAAUCAUUUACAAUGAAAUUAAGGAAAAGUUAAAUAAAAUUAUUGAGCUUUACAAUCAUGAUUUGGACCUUGUGAAAAUUAUUUUCGAUCAAGGUGUGGAAGUAAUUAAGUCAAAGGGAAUUGAAGAAUUCGAUGUGGAUCAAGGUUUCCCACCAGUUUCUGGUGUCUUGACAUGGAUCAACAAACUUCGUCUUCGAAUAACGAAACCGACAGAAGAGUUGCCUAAUAUUGAUUUUCAAGAAAUCCUUCAAACUGACGAAGGAGUUUACAUGAUGAACCGAUUAGAAGAAAUGUGCGCCUUACUUGACUCACUCGACAUGAAAAUAUUCCAAGAANAUAUAAAUAAUGAAAAUAAUAUGGAUGCAUGCGAUAUUAAAAUGAAGAACUCAUUGGAAGGAAUUGUCAUCAAAUGGGCGUUUCAAGUCGAUAAAGUGCUGAAAGAAACAUCUUCGAGUCUUUUCGAUAAAAACAAUCAUCCAACACCAAUGGCUGAGAUCGAUUUCUGGGAGAAACGACGAAAGAAUAUUAUGAACAUUUAUGAUCAAUUACGAGACCCAAGAGUGAAGAAAAUUGGAAGCAUUUUGGAACUUAUUGAUUCAGUUUACUUCAGUACAUUCAGCAACACAUUAAAAAGCAUUGUCACAUCACUUCAUGAAGCCAACGACAUCACGUUAUACUUGAAACCUUUGAUAAAAAUUUAUGAAAUCAAAACGAAAAUUAUUUUCCCACAGAAAGCGCAUAUCGAUCGGAUUGAGCGAGACGAUUUUCUUGAAAAUGAAGAUAAAAUUCGCCCACUUUAUCAUGUGAUUUGUCUAAUUUGGUCACAUUCAAAGUACUACGGAUUGAACAGUCGAAUAACGACACUUCUUCGAAUGGUCAACAACAUGAUGAUAGAAAGUGCAACGAAGUCACUUGAUCCAGGAUCUCUUUUUCAAGGAGAGCCCGAUGAAUCGUUAGUGACAUUAGAAAAAGUGAUUUUUAUCUUGGAAGGGCAUAAAGAUUGCUUCAAGGAAUAUCGUGACAAGUUACCGACAUAUGCACGUCCUGACAAAGAUGCAAUUUUAUGGUCAUUUCGGCCUAAAGAUAUUUUUGAAAGAUUCGAUUUAUUCCUGGAACGUCUUUACGUCGUUCGUGACAUUUUUGACACUGCAAAUGAAUUUAGCAAAGUUGAGAAAAUUGAACUUGGAGGGUUGAAAGGUCGUAAUUUGAGUCGCGGAAUGCAAGAAGCUUUCAAUGAUUUCAAAAAUCUUUACAUGAAAUGGACUCAAGUUCAAUUUGAUCCACUCGACCCAUCGCCACACUUGAAAGAUUUCGAGAAUGAAAGAAAAAGUUUUCAAGUAGAAUCGGAGAUUUUAGAACGAAGAUUAGCAGCAAUUCUCGUGCAAUCAUUCGACGAAUGUUACACAAUGGAAUCGCUUAUCAAGUUAAUUGAAGUAUGUGGAACUCUCUUACAAAGGCCAAUCAUUUACAAUGAAAUUAAGGAAAAGUUGAAUAAAAUUAUUGAGCUUUACAAUCAUGAUUUGGACCUUGUGAAAAUUAUUUUCGAUCAAGGUGUGGAAGUAAUUAAGUCAAAGGGAAUUGAAGAAUUCGAUGUGGAUCAAGGUUUCCCACCAGUUUCUGGUGUCUUGACAUGGAUCAACAAACUUCGUCUUCGAAUAACGAAACCGACAGAAGAGUUGCCUAAUAUUGAUUUUCAAGAAAUCCUUCAAACUGACGAAGGAGUUUACAUGAUGAACCGAUUAGAAGAAAUGUGCGCCUUACUUGACUCACUCGACAUGAAAAUAUUCCAAGAAUGGAAGAAGAAAGUUCCACAAGAGAUCAACACGAAUAUAAAUAAAUUCUUGUUGAAAUCAGUCAAUAAUGGUUUGUUGGAAUUGAAUUUCGAUCACGCUUUGCUUCGAGCUUUGAGAGAAGUUAAAAUGUUAAAAUUGAUGGGAAAGAUGGAAAUUCCUGACGUUGCAAUUGAAUUGUUUGAGUUCUCUGAAGAUUUGUGGACUGCUCGUGUUAAACUCUCAAGAAUCGUUGAAUGGUAUAAUGAAAUAAAGGAAAAGACUGAACCAUGUGAAUUUGAAAUAAUAAAGAAAGAUAUCGAACUGAUUGAUAAUAAGCUACAAGUAGCACUUGAAGUUGCUAAAUGGAGCGACUACCAGCAAGUUUACAUCGAUGAUCUUCAUUCAGAUAUCAAAAAUCUCCACACAAGAUUAAUUAAGACAAAAGAAAAUGUUGAGAAAAUAAUCGAAAGCUUAAAAUCUUGGGGAUCAAUGCCAAUGUACAUUCGUCAUGAUGGAAUCACUACAAAUCUCAUGAUUCCUGACGAAUUCCCGUCGUUCAUUCUUCGUCGUCAAGGAAAAUGUCGUCAAUCGAAAGUUUUAAUUGAUCGAAUUAUGGAUGAAAAUUUCAAGCUGUUCUUCAAUCUUCCCAUUAAAAUUGAAGAUGAGAUGUCAACAAAACGAUCUACAGUGGAAUCAAGAAGAUCAACGUUAGAAGAAGUAAAAUCUUUAGAAUCGACGAAGAGUUCAGAUCAUGCUGGCGAUGCAAUCGAUAAAACAGCUCAAGCUUCAGAUACAGAAUUGUACAUCAAACCGUUAAAAACGUCUUCAACUUCUGAUUCGUCUUUUGCUGAACCAAAUUAUGAUGCACCAAAGACAGACGAACAAUUAGCGCUCUUCAGACCUUACGAAGAGUACAUCGAUCAAGUCAUUUGGACAGAACUUCACAACGCUUUGCGUGUCAGUGUCAAAUAUAUCAAACUUGAAAUGGAGAAUCGAUUGGAGAGCAAUUCACCGAUUUUUGAGUCAAAACUAGAAUUGCAACUCACAAGAAUUGUUUUCACACCACCAAUGGAGAAAAUCUCAAACACUGACUUUACCAUGAUGGAAAUUAUCCGAUCAAUGAUUGCAAAUAUCUUCAACAUUUCGGAAAUGAUUCCAUUAGUUGCUCAACCAUUAAAUUCAAAAGAUAUUGAAGAGACUUUUGCUUCGUUUGUUGAAGCUAUCGACACUCAAUCAUCUCGCGAUAUUGCAGACAUUAAUGAGAUGCAAUUGGAUAUAAUGGCACUAACUCGUGACACAAUACAAAGCGCCAUAAAUUUUGCUCGUUCAUUCGAGAAAUACAAAUUUUUAUGGCCCUCAGAUGAGAAACGUCAAGCCGGUCUUGAAACGUUCUUAAAGUUUGGAAGACUUUUGACAGAAGAUGAACAAGAAAACUAUAAAGAAGGAACUUUAGAGCUGAAAAUGAAAGCGCCAACAUUAGAAUCGUUUAGAGAAGUGAUUGAUUAUUACAGUGAUCUUUAUGAAGAAAUCAACAAAUUGGAAACUAUCAAAAUUUUCCAUUCAUGGCUUAAGAUAGACUUGAAAAGUUUAAAAUAUGGAAUGUUGAACAAUGUGUGCAAAUGGAGAUUUUUAUUCCAAAAAUAUCUCAAAGAUAAAGUUGAAAAUGAUCUCGAUGAGUUACAAAACUUUAUUAUUGAAAGCACGGAGUCACUUAAACAAGAAGCAACGAAUGAAGAUUCUGUGACAUUGCUUAAGAUUUUGAAGACAAUUGGAAGUAUAAAUGAUCGUGAAUAUAAAACUGACAAUAUGUUUGAUCCGUUGAAAGAGAUUGUCGACUUAUUGAAGUCAUACGACAUGGUGUUUAGUGAUUAUGUGAUGAAUCAGUUUGCAGAGUUACCCGAACGAUGGAUAACUUUGAAGAAACUUGCAGUACUUGUAAAGACAGCAAUCGCUCCUAUUCAAGCAUUUCAAGUUGAUCUCAUUAAAAAGAAAAUUUCAAUGUUUGAUAUAAGAAUCAAACUCACACAUGAGAACUUCUUUAAAAAUCCAUUUUUCGAUGUUCCAUGUCCAAAUGUUUAUGAGUUAUGUGACUUAAUUAACGAAGAAUUGAAGGACAUGGAAAGACAAAAUGCUGGUUUAUGUGAAUCAGCAACACAUUUCCAAUUAAAUCCACCAGACGAUACAAAACUUCUUCAUUGUCGAAAACUUGUUAAGAUGGUUAAACAAAUUUGGGAUUUCUUAUUUGCUGUUUCAUCUUGCAUUGAUGAUUGGAAGAAGACGGCAUGGAAGAAAAUAAAUGUUGAAGAAAUGGAAACAGAAUGCAAAAGAUUCUCGAAGGAUAUGAGAAAUUUCGACAAGGAAGUUCGUUUCCAAAUGACUGACACGACGACUCUUGCUGAUCUUCUUGAACUACAAUUACACAAAUACGAAGAUGAAGUCAAGAACAUUGUCGAUAAAUCUGUGAAGGAAAUGGCGAUGGAAAAAGUUCUCAACGACUUGGAAUACAAUUGGAAGACUCUCGAGUUUGCAACUGAUCUUCAUGUCCGAACGAAACUUAAAGUUCUUCGUGUAUCGGAAGAAAUUCUUGAAGCUUUGGAAGACAAUCAAGGACAAUUACAAAACAUGAUGUCAUCAAAGUUCAUCGGAUAUUUCUUCAAAAGAGUCACUGAAUGGCAAAAUCUUUUAUCAAAUGCUGAUCAAGUGAUUGGAGGUUGGACUGAAGUUCAACGGAAGUGGAUGUAUUUGGAAAGUAUUUUCAUUGGAUCGGAAGAUAUCAGAAAUCAAUUACCGGAAGAAGCUAAGCGAUUCGAAGAAGUCGAUAAAGGAUUUCGAACAUUGUUGUCUGACGUAAGCAGUCACUUGAACGUCAUCAAAGCUACAAACAAGGCAGGACUUUACGACAAGCUUGACGCACUUCUGAAGCAAUUAGUUUUGUGUGAAAAAGCUCUUAACGACUACUUGGAAACCAAACGUCUUGCUUUUCCUCGAUUUUACUUCGUUUCAAGUGCUGAUCUGUUAGACAUUCUGUCCAAUGGAAAUUCACCCGAACUUGUCGGUCGUCAUCUCACAAAACUUUACGAUUCAAUUGCUAAAUUAAUUUUUGAGGGUGGAACAAAACUGGCAAAACAAAUGGUUUCAAAGGAAAAUGAUGAAGUUGUUGCGUUGCGUGAACCUUGCAAUUGUAAAGGGAAAGUUGAAGUUUGGUUGAAUGAUUUAACGAAAGAAAUGCGAAAAACUUUACACGAAUUAUUUAAGAAUUCUGUGAUUGCUUAUGAAGACAAACCGAGAGAAGUUUGGGUGUUUGAUUGGCCAGCUCAACCGGCCUUGUGCACGACACAAAUCUGGUGGACAACUGAAGUUAAUGUUGCAUUUAGUAAACUUGAAGAAGGCUACGAAAACUCAAUGCGUGAUUAUCAGAAAAAGCAAAUUCAACAGUUAAACUCAUUGAUUGAGUUGCUUCUUGGAGAUCUUUCAGUUGGUGAUCGUCAAAAAAUCAUGACAAUUUGUACGAUUGACGUUCAUUCUCGUGAUGUUGUUGCAAAAAUGAUUACACAAAAAAUUGGAACAGGAAAUUCGUUUCAAUGGCAAAGUCAGUUACGUCAUCGAUGGGAUUCGUCACAAAAUGAUUGUUUUGCAAAUAUUUGUGACGCUGAAUUUCGUUAUGAUUAUGAAUAUUUGGGAAACACUCCACGUCUUGUUAUCACGCCUUUGACUGAUCGUUGCUACAUUACAUUAACACAAAGUUUGCAUCUUGUUAUGGGUGGCGCACCAGCUGGUCCUGCUGGAACUGGCAAGACGGAAACAACGAAAGAUUUAGGAAGAGCUCUUGGCGUUAUGGUUUACGUUUUCAACUGCAGUGAACAAAUGGAUUACAAAUCAUGCGGAAAUAUUUAUAAAGGUCUCGCACAAACUGGAGCCUGGGGAUGUUUUGAUGAAUUCAAUCGAAUAUCAGUUGAAGUCUUGUCAGUUGUUGCUGUUCAAGUGAAGACGAUACAAGAUGCAAUAAAGGCAACAAAAAGUCAAUUCAACUUCAUGGGUGAAACGAUUUCAUUGAUACCAACAAUCGGCCUUUUCAUUACAAUGAAUCCUGGUUAUGCAGGAAGAACUGAACUUCCAGAAAAUUUAAAAGCACUUUUUCGGCCAUGCGCUAUGGUUGUGCCUGACUUUGAAUUGAUUUCUGAAAUCAUGUUGGUUGCUGAAGGCUUUCAAGAAGCUCGAUUGCUUGCUAGGAAAUUCAUCACACUUUACACGUUGUGCAGAGAAUUGCUAUCGAAGCAAGAUCAUUAUGAUUGGGGACUUCGAGCUAUUAAAUCGGUUUUAGUUGUGGCUGGUUCAUUGAAGCGUGGGGACCGACAAAGACCUGAAGAUCAAGUGUUGAUGCGAGCUCUUCGUGAUUUCAAUGUUCCGAAAAUUGUCACAGCUGAUUUAGAAGUUUUCAUGGGAUUGAUUGGUGACUUGUUUCCAGCUCUUGAUGUCCCAAGGAAAACUAAUCCAGAAUUGGAAGCGAUGAUCCGAACAGCAGCAAGUGAGUUGUCGUUGCAACCUGGUGAAGGCGAUGGCUUCAUUCUUAAAAUCGUACAACUUGAAGAGUUAUUUGCUGUGCGGCAUUCAGUUUUUAUUGUUGGAAAUGCUGGCACAGGCAAAAGUCAAGUUUGGAAAACGCUUUUUAAGACAUAUCAAAUUCAAAAGCGUAAACCGCACUUCAAUGACUUAAAUCCAAAAGCUGUCACAAACGAUGAACUGUUUGGAAUUAUAAAUCCAUCAACAAGAGAGUGGAAAGAUGGACUUUUCUCAACAAUAAUGCGAGAUCAAGCAAACAUUGCUGGUGAUGGACCUAAAUGGAUUGUUCUUGAUGGUGACAUUGAUCCAAUGUGGAUUGAAUCAUUGAACACUGUGAUGGAUGAUAAUAAAGUUUUGACACUUGCAAGUAACGAGAGAAUUGCUUUAACUAAACAAAUGCGAUUGUUGUUUGAGAUUUCAAAUCUUAGAACUGCAACACCAGCAACUGUAUCUCGAGCUGGAAUUCUUUACAUCAAUCCACAAGACCUUGGAUGGACUCCUUUUGUUACUUCUUGGACUAAUUCACGAUUAGAUGCGCAAGAAAGAAAAUAUUUGGAAAUUUUAUUUAACAAAUACAUUCCAUCGUUACUUGAAAACCACAAGAAGUUUAAGAAGAUCACGCCGAUUUCUGAAAUUGCAAUGAUUCAAAUGACUUGCUUUCUACUUGAUUGCUUAUUGACGCCACAAAAUGUUCCACCUGAGAGUCCUAGAGAACUUUAUGAACUGUACUUUUGUUUUGCUGCUAUUUGGGGUUUUGGAUCUGCAUGCUUUCAAGAUCAGCUUCUUGAUUGGAGAAAUGAGUUCAGCAAAAGCUGGUUGAAUGAAUUUAGGGACAUAAAAUUCCCACCAAAUGGAACAGUUUUUAAUUAUUACAUUGAUUCAGUGACAAAAGCAUUCCGUCCUUGGUCGGAUCUGGUUGGAAAGUAUGAAAUGGAUGCUGACAUUCCUCUGCAAUCAACAUUGGUUCCAACUGCUGAUACGACAAGACUUCGCUGGUUUAUGGAUAUUCUCAUCGAGAAGAAGCAUCCCGUGAUGCUUGUUGGUGGCGCUGGUUCAGGAAAAAGUGUCAUCGUAUCUGAUAAACUUCAAAAUCUUCCAGAUCGAUAUUUAGUUCAAAAUGUUCCAUUUAAUUUCUAUACAACUUCGGAGAUGUUACAGAAAAGUCUUGAGAAGCCAUUGGAGAAGAAAGCUGGUAGAAAUUUUGGACCGCCAGGAAAUAAAACGAUGAUCUAUUUCAUCGAUGAUAUGAAUAUGCCACGGGUUGAUACUUAUGGGACUGUUCAAGCUCACACUCUUAUUAGGCAAUUUAUUGAUUACAAGCAUUGGUACGAUCGAACUAAACUUACUUUGAAAGACAUUCUCAAUGUACAAUUUGUAUCAAGUAUGAAUCCAACUGCUGGAUCAUUCACAAUCAAUCCAAGACUUCAAAGACAUUUUUGUGUGUUUGCGAUCAACUUUCCUUCAGCUGAUUCAAUGUUUCAUAUUUAUAAUGAAAUCUUAUCACAACAUUUAAUGAAUCCGUUGAACAAGUUUAACGCUGGUGCUCAACGAGUUUGUGAGCAGCUUGUUUCAGCAGCACUUAAUCUUCAAACAAGAAUGUCGCAAGUUUUCCUACCGACAGCUGUGAAAUUUCAUUACAUUUUCAACUUACGCGAUAUGGCGAAUAUUUUUCAAGGCAUUUUAUUUGGAAAUGGUGAUACAUGUCCAGAUGGUAAUCAAUUGAUAAAGCUUUGGGAAUGGCCGAGACUGAAUGUACUUUUGGAAGAGGCACAAGGAAAUUAUAACGAACUUGUCGGAUCGAUGAAUUUGGUGCUGUUUGAAGAUGCAAUGUCACACAUUUGUCGCAUUAGUAGAAUCUUGGAAGGUCCUCGAGGAAAUGCCCUUUUGAUUGGUGUUGGGGGAUCAGGAAAACAGUCACUCGCUAGACUCGCUGCAUUCAUAUCAAACUUGGAAGUCUUUCAAAUUCAAUUGAAGAAAGGAUAUUCGUUGAUUGACAUGAAAGCAGACAUCGCUGCACUUUAUCUGAAAGCUGGUUUGAAAAAUAUUUCUUGUAUGCAUUUAUUGACAGACUCGCAAAUAGCUGAUGAAUCUUAUUUAGUGUUAAUUAAUGAUAUGUUGGCGUCUGGUGAAAUUAUGGAACUUUUCCCAGACGAUGAGAUUGACAACAUUGCAAAUGGUGUACGAAAUGAACUCAAACAGCUCGCAAUUAUGGAUACAAAGGAGAAUUGUUGGAGAUAUUUCAUUGAUAAAGUGAGACGAAUGUUGAAAACUGUUCUGUGCUUCUCACCUGUCGGAUCGACGUUACGUGUUCGCUCAAGAAAAUUCCCUGCGAUUGUAAAUUGUGCACAAAUUGAUUGGUUUCAUGAAUGGCCACAAAAUGCUCUCGAAUCUGUGUCGAAAAGAUUUCUAUCAGAAGUUGAUGUUCUUCCAGUUCAAAUUCUCGAUUCAGUUGCAGUUUUCAUGGCUUAUGUACACAGCACUGUCAAUGAAAUGUCUCAAGUUUACUUUCAAAAUGAAAAACGCUACAAUUACACAACACCAAAGUCAUUUCUUGAACUUAUCUCACUCUUCUCAAAGCUUCUUGUUCAGAAAAAUCUCGAAUUCAAAGAUCGAGUGCAACGUUUGGAAAAUGGUUUAAUAAAACUUGCACAAUGUGCAAUUCAAGCUGAAUCAUUGAAGAAGGAUUUGGCAGUUCAAGAAGUGGAAUUGAAAGUGAAAAAUGAUGCUGCUGACAUUCUUAUCGCAACAGUUAAUGAAGAAAACGAACGAGUUCAGAUAAGCAAGAAUGGAGCGACAGAGAAGCAACGUGGAGUUAACAUCAUGAAAGAGACAAUAACAACUGAAAAGAAAUCAAACGAAGAAGAAUUGAGAAGAGCAAAACCAGCACUCGAUCGUGCAGCUGAAGCUUUAAACACUUUAAACAAAACAAAUUUAACUGAAUUGAAAUCAUUUGGAUCACCACCAGAAAUUGUUGUGAAAGUUUGUGCCGCUGUUCUUGUUCUUUUUUCGAAAGGAAAAAUUCCGAAAGAUCGAAGUUGGAAGCAAUGCAAGCUGAUGAUGAAUAAAGUUGACGAAUUCUUGUUCAAUUUGGUGAACUUUGACAAAGACAACAUUCCACACGAAGUUAUCAAAGAAAUUAACAUUUAUAAGGAAGAUCCUGAAUUUGAUGGUGAGAAGAUAACAUCUCGUUCAUUGGCAGCUGCUGGUCUUGCUAAAUGGGUCGUUGGUAUUGUGGGCUACAAUGAAGUUUAUUUACUUGUUGAACCAAAGAUUCGAGCUGUGAAAGAGUCAGAGAAGGCACUUGCAGAAGCUCAAGCAGAAGUCGAUGAAUUGGAAGCCAAAGUUGAAGCAUUGGAACAAGCAUUAAUGGCAAUUAAAGCGAAACAAGAUGAAGCUGAAGCUGAAAAGAAAGUUUGUCAAGAUGAAGCUGAUAAAACUGCACAUCAAAUUGAUCUCGCUUAUCGUUUAGUUAAUGGACUUCAAUCUGAAAAUGUUCGAUGGCGUGAUUUAAUUUAUUCAUUCCAAGCAAAGCUUGUGACACUUCCUGGUGAUAUUUUGUUGAUUUCAUGCUUCAUUUCUUAUGCUGGUUGCUUCACACGUCGAUAUCGUCUUGAAAUGUUAAACUCGAAAUGGAUUCCAACGUUCUUGAAAAUAAAACCUGAAAUUUCAUACUCUGAAAACACCGAUCCACUUGCUUUGAUUUGUGAUGACGCACAAAUAGCGCAAUGGAAUAACGAAGGUUUACCAUCUGAUCGAAUGUCAACAGAGAAUGCUGUCAUUUUAAUUAAUUCAUCACGAUGGCCUUUGAUUAUCGAUCCACAAUUGCAAGGAGUCAAAUGGAUUAAGCAAAAGUACGGCGAUAGCUUAGUAGUGCUUCGGUUAACUCACAAAGGCUAUUUAGACGUUAUUGAACGUGCGAUCACAAACGGUGACAUUUUACUCAUUGAGAAUAUUGAAGAAUCUGUUGAUGCUGUGUUGGAUCCACUCUUGGGACGUGCGCUUAUCAAGAAAGGAAAAUGCAUAAAAAUUGGCGAUCGUGAAAUUGAUUACAAUGAAAAUUUCCGAUUAAUUCUUCAAACGAAACUUGCUAAUCCACAUUACAAACCUGAAAUGCAAGCACAGACAACACUCAUAAAUUUUACUGUUACGAGAGAUGGCUUAGAGGAACAACUCUUAGCGGAAGUCGUUAAAGCUGAACGACCUGAUCUUGAGACACAAAAAGCGACAUUAACUCAAGAAGAGAAUAGUUACAAAAUUCUUCUGAAGCAAUUGGAAGAUGACUUACUAAGUCGAUUAAGUUCAGCAGGUGAAAAUGUUCUGGAAGAUCCAUCGCUUGUGUAUAAUUUAGAGAAGACAAAGAAAACAUCAGCGGAGAUUCAAAGCAAACGUGAAUUGACAAAAACGACAACAGCUAAAAUUGACAGCACUCGAGAAUGUUAUCGACCAGCUGCUGAACGUGCAUCGAUUAUUUACUUCAUUCUUAAUGAGUUACAUAAAAUCAAUCCAAUUUAUCAAUUUUCACUCAAAGCAUUCACAGUCGUGUUCAGAGAUGCAAUCAUGAAAGCACCACAAACUGAAGACGACGCUGAACGUGUAAAGAAUUUAAUAAGUUCGAUUACAUUUGCCGUGUUUAUGUACACGUCUCGUGGUCUCUUUGAACGUGACAAGUUGAUAUUUAUGUCACAAAUGGUUAUUCAAAUCGAAAUGCAAGCAAAAGAAAUUGUUCCAAAUGAAUUGGAUUUCCUUUUACGUUUUCCUUACACACCAAACGUUCAAUCACCUGUUGAUUUCUUAACAAAUACAUCGUGGGGUGGCGUAUUAGCACUCAGUAAUUUAAGUGAAUUUAUGAGCUUAGAAAAAGAUAUUGAAAGUUCACCAAAUCGAUGGAAGAAAUACGUUGACGAAGAAACACCCGAGAAAGUUAAAUUGCCUGGCGAAUGGAAACAAAAAACGGCUUUGCAACGUCUUUGUAUCAUCAGAUGUUUGCGACCUGAUAGAAUGACUUAUGCAAUGCGUGAAUUUGUUCGUGAGAAACUCGGUUCAAUUUAUGUUGAAUCUCGAACGAUUGAAUUUGCUAAGUCAUAUGAAGAAAGCAGCAACACGACGCCGAUUUUCUUCAUCUUAUCACCUGGUGUUGAUCCAUUGAAAGAUGUUGAGAAGGUUGGAAAGAAACUUAAAUUUUCUGAAGAUUAUGGAAAUUUCCAUAAUGUGUCACUUGGUCAAGGUCAGGAGAUUGUGGCUGAGAAUGCAAUUGACGUUGCUUCACGUCGUGGUCAUUGGGUGAUUCUUCAGAACAUUCAUCUCGUGUCAAAAUGGUUGUCAACGUUGGAGAAGAAAAUGGAAUCAACACUUGAUGAUUCACAUGAAAAUUAUCGUUUGUUUGUCAGUGCUGAACCUGCAGAAGCAGCUGAAUAUCACAUCAUACCUCAAGGUAUCUUAGAAUCAGCGAUAAAAAUAACUAAUGAACCACCAACUGGAAUGCAGGCAAACAUGCGUAAAGCACUUGACAACUUCAAUCAAGAAACAUUGGAAAUGUGCUCGAAGGAAUCGGAAUUCAAAGCUGUUUUGUUCGCACUUUGCUUCUUCCACGCAGUUGUAGCUGAACGAAGGAAGUUCGGCCCUCAAGGAUGGAAUCGAAACUAUCCGUUCAAUGUCGGUGACUUAACCAUCAGCGUUUAUGUUUUGUACAAUUAUUUGGAAGCAAACAGUAAAGUUCCGUGGGAAGAUUUGAGAUAUUUGUUUGGUGAAAUCAUGUACGGUGGUCACAUAACUGAUGAUUGGGAUCGACGAUUGUGUAGAACAUACCUGGAAGAAACGAUGAUUCAUGAACUUGUUGAUGGCGAUUUGAGCUUUUGCACGGGCUUUCCAGCUCCACCCAAUCUUGAUUUUAUUGGCUAUCACACUUAUAUCGAUGAAUUUAUGCCACCCGAGUCGCCAGCACUUUACGGACUUCAUCCGAAUGCUGAAAUUGGAUUUUUGACGACAGUCGCUGAAAACCUUUUCAAGACAAUAUUCGAGCUUCAACCGAGAGAUUCUGGUGGUGGUGGCAGCGGUGGAGUUGCAAGUUCUCGCGAGGAAAUUGUUCGAGCGUUAGUCGAUGAUUUAUACGACAAGUUACCAGAAGAGUUUAUCAUGAUGGAAUUGUAUGGCAGAACAGAAGAUCGUUCACCUUACGUUCUUGUCGCAUUUCAAGAGUGCGAAAGGAUGAACAUGCUCGUGUCAGAAUUGAAAAGAUCAUUAAAAGAACUUCGAUCUGGCUUGAAAGGUGAAUUGACAAUUUCAUCAGACAUGGAAGCGUUGAUGGCUGCAAUUUUCUUUGAUAAAAUUCCUGAUUCAUGGGCGAAACGAGCUUAUCCAAGUCUUCUAGGACUUCAAUCGUGGUUUGCUGAUUUGAUGAUACGAUCGAAGGAACUUGAGAAUUGGGCAACUGACUUUGUGUUGCCACCAACCAUUUGGCUGUCUGGCUUCUUUAAUCCACAAUCUUUUCUCACCGCAAUCAUGCAACAAACCGCUAGAAAGAAUGAAUGGCCACUUGACAAGAUGUGUUUGAAUUGUGACGUGACAUCAAAGCAACGAGAUGACUUUCAAGGUCCACCAAAGGAAGGUGCUUACAUCAGUGGAAUCUUCAUGGAAGGAGCUCGUUGGGAUACCAAACUUGGUUCCAUCACUUCUUCUCGACUUAAGGAACUCUUCCCACAAAUGCCAGUCAUUUACAUCAAAGCUGUUACUCAAGACAAGCAAGAUACGAGAAAUAUUUACGAAUGUCCAUUAUACAAGACUCGUGCACGUGGUCCAACAUUUGUUUGGACAUUUAAUCUAAAAACAAAACAAAAAGCUGCAAAAUGGACACUUGGAGGUGUUGCACUGUUGUUACAAGUUUAA